CUUAACCAGUACCGUCCGUCUGAUAUUCUGUCCUUUUACUCCAUUCUAAACGUCAUCUUUUUCUUCAACAACAUACUUUCUUUAAUGACACAGCUAUUCAUUGGUUAUAGUCAUAAUCAUUGGAUCUAAAAAUCUUUUCUAAAUUUAAUGGUCAGCGUUUACUCCUGAACAUUCAUACCCAAUAUAACUUUGUACUGAAGAUUAUUUCUUUUAUUUUUUGCAAAAUAACAGUGAAGGAAUCAAACUAAUUGCUAAAAGAAUUUGUUCUUGGAGUGCAUCAAGUUCACACCUUUCCUUCCUUAAACGUAAUCCCUUCACAAAAUUCUUUAUUAUUUACUGAAAAAGAAAAUUCUUUUUGUUGAACUCGCCAUUUCCAGUUCUUUUCUCCGCCUAACCUAUCUCUCUCAUAUAUGACCUGGAGGCUGUAGCCAUGAAAUCUACUAUUUUUUUAGAGACAGUAUUUGGUGUAGUUGACAUGGAGACAGAUAGAUAGAUCUAGUUCUUUUUAUUUCUUUUGUUCAUGUGUUUGACGUUUGAAGUAAACGCUUUUAUUGAGAGAGAUAAUUGGAGGGUUUUAAUACCUGGAGUUGAAGUUUAACAAAAUGGAGUAGGUAAUGCUCUGGGCGUUUUUUUUUUUUUUUCCGAUUCAAAGCUAUCUCUUUUUUCACUUAAUUCGAAUUUAUUAGGCUUGUUCUGAUUGACGUGUAGUUAAUUCUUUCUGAAUACUCGUUAUUUACAAGAGAAUGAAGUAUAAUGGAUUCUUGGCUUUGAGCUUUUUAGGCUGUUCUCUGUUGCUUAAAGAGAUGAGAUUUUAGGUUUGUAUGCGUGGUUGCUGAUAAUAUUGGGAUUCUUUUUUGAGAGUUUGUGUAUAUAUUGAUGAUAUUAAUGGAUAAAAAAUGUGAUGAAAAGAAAACAAAUGUUGGCAGUUUUUGUCAAGUCAAUCAAGGAACAAAUAGGAACACAACUGGAGAAACAAGCAAUUCUGAUCAUAGGGUUGUGUCAGAGAAUUCAGUUGUUUUAAAUCCAGAAGAUUCAGUAAGUGCUGGGGGAGAAAUUAGGGCUUUGGAUGCAAAUGUAAAUGGAUUGGGGUCAACCAUGACAGCAGUGGAUCACGAGGCAAGUGGUGGGAUGGGAAUCCGCGAGCCAUUGGAUCAAGGAACUAGUGGGAAUUCAAGUUAUUUAGUUAAUGAGGUUGUUCUUGAGAGAAUGAUCGUGAUAAAUUCAGGAGAGAUUGUGAGUAUUAGUGGAGAACACAAGCAUAUAGGUAUUAAUAUUGAUGAUUUGGGGCUGACUGGUAUUGUAUCAGAUCAGAAAACAUGGGUUACGCGAGGAAAUGCCGAGACAGUGGAUAAAGUUGGGCAAGUAAGUCAUCAGGAUCCUAGUAUUUCUUCUAAUGAUGUUGUGGUCGAGACGGUGAUAUUGGUAAAUUCGGAAGAGAAUCCAUCAAUUAGUGGUGGAAAUGAUCAUUUGGAAAUCAAGGGCAGAGAACUGGGGCCAGGUAAGGUGAUGGUGGAUAAGUCAAAGAAAAAGGUACCCAGAGGAGAGAAGCAAUCAUGUGUGAUUGAUGUAAAAUGUGGUGAAGUAGGAAGUGGUUUUAAGGAUUGCGAUGGAGAAUCGGUUUGUAGGAUUUGUCACUUGAGUUCUGAGGUGAUGCAAGAAACCACAGCCACCAACUCUUCUAUGGAGCUAAUUCAGCUUGGCUGUGGGUGUAAAGAUGAGCUUGGUAUUGCACAUGCUUAUUGUGCAGAGGCCUGGUUUAAGCUCAAAGGAAACAGAAUAUGUGAAAUAUGUGGAGAGACGGCAAAGAAUGUUACAGGCGUUAGAGAUAACAGAUUUAUGGAAGAGUGGAAUGAAAGGAGAAUUAUCAGUACUAAUAGUAGCUCACCAGAAGGCGGUGGAGGAUGUUGGCGGGGACAACCUUUUUGUAACUUCCUGAUGGCAUGCCUGGUAAUAGCUUUUGUAUUGCCAUGGUUUUUCCGAGUAAAUAUGUUCUAAUUGGCAGGGAUUCUCCCAUAGCGUCAUAAUCGUCAUGCCUUCAUGUCUAGUAUUUGCACCACACGGGUUAAUGUUAGUCGUGGUCUGCAAUGGCGUGCUUGUUGAAUCUUCAGGUUCUUUAUAUUUUGAAGGGCUGUUGCUGUGAGGUUGUAUAUUUGCUCCUAUAGUUACGAUACAAAGGCUAGAGACAACAGAUCUCUAAAAUUGGGAGAAGAACUUCCAUUUUCUUUCAUUUGUUCCUUCUUUUGUUCAUGUGACAGAAAAUUUGUGAUAUGGGAGAAGUCACUAUACAAUAUACAAGCACAUCACAUGUUAUAGCAGAUAGGUUGGUGUGUAUAUAACUAUUUAUUAAGAAAAAAAAGAAAGGAAGAACAUUGGUUUGCC